AUGUCUUACCAAACCAUUAGCAUAGCGAUUGCCGCCGUUAUUUUGUUCAUUGUGAGAUAUCUGAACCGGACAGACACGCCGAAAGUUAAGAACCUACCCGAAAUACCAGGAGUCCCGCUGUUUGGAAAUCUUUUACAAUUUGGAGAUAGCCAUGCCAAGGUUGCUGGUAGAUUGGCAAAGAAAUUCGGGCCGGUCUUUCAAGUGAGAUUGGGGAAUAGACGUAUCAUAUUUGCAAACACCUUUGACUCUGUCAGGCAUUUAUGGAUUGCAAAUCAAUCUGCCUUGAUCUCACGUCCCACCCUUCAUACCUUCCAUACAGUCGUAUCCAGCUCUCAAGGAUUCACUAUUGGCACUUCACCGUGGGAUGAAUCCUGCAAACAACGCCGAAAGGCAGCAGCAACUGCUCUGAACCGGCCCGCGGUGCAAAGUUACAUGCCAAUCAUCGACCUGGAGUCGAAUGUUUCAAUCAGAGAACUUCUUGAAGACAGCGGAAAUGGCAAGAAGGAUAUUGACCCAGUUGCAUAUUUCCAACGUUUCGCUUUAAACACAUCCUUGACACUUAAUUAUGGAUCAAGAAUCGACGGCAAGAUCGACGAUGCAUUACUACAGGAGAUCUGUGAUGUGGAGCGAGCUAUCAGUAACUUCAGAUCUACUAGCAAUAACUGGCAAGAUUACAUUCCUUUGAUGCGCGUAUUACCAAGCUCUAGCAGUGGGGCUGUGGAGUACCGGGAGAGAAGAGACAAAUACUUGACUUUCCUGCUGAACAAGCUCAAGAAGCAAAUCCAAGAGGGGUCAGACAAGCCAUGUAUCACGGGAAAUAUCCUCAAAGACCCAGAGGCGAAGUUGAACGAGAAUGAAAUCAAGUCCAUCUGCUUAACCAUGGUCUCCGCUGGUCUUGAUACUGUCCCCGGAAAUCUCAUCAUGGGCAUCGCCUACCUCUCGUCCGAGCACGGCCAAGAAAUCCAAAAACGCGCCUACGACGAAAUCAUGAAAGUGUACCCCGACGGAGACGCCUGGGAGAAAUGUAUCAUCGAAGAAAAAGUACCCUACGUGACUGCGUUUGUGCGAGAAGUGCUGCGGUUCUUCACCGUUAUACCUAUUUGCUUGCCGAGGACCAGUAUCAAGGAUAUCAGAUAUGAGGACGCCAUUAUCCCGGCUGGAAGUACGUUUUACAUGAAUGCCUGGGCCGCCGACUUCGACGAAUCCCACUUCAAAGAUGCCCGCACCUUCUCCGUCGACCGCUACCUGCACAACCCCGAAGGCUCCGGCACCCCGCACUACGCCUACGGCGCCGGGUCCCGCAUGUGCGCUGGAUCCCAUCUCGCGAACCGCGAACUCUUCACCGCGUUCGUGAGGUUGAUUGUGGCGUUCCAUAUUGAUCCUCCAAAGGAAGCUAAGGAUCGUCCCAUUCUGGAUGCGUUGGAGUGUAAUGCUAUACCGACGAGCUUGACAACUGAUCCGAAGCCGUUUAAGUGUGGGUUUAGAGCAAGGGAUUUGGGGAGUUUGGAGGGGUGGAUGAGGGAUAGUGAGGUGAAGACUAAGGAAUUGUGA